CGGGGGGCGGGGCCCGGGCGAGGCGCGUCACUGCGCGGAGGGAGCGGCCGGCUCGGCCUCGGGACUCGGCAUGGAGGCGGCCGGCGCGGCAGGGCAGCUGCGGCAGGAGGGGAACCGGCUCUUCCAGGCCGGGGACUACGCGGCCGCGCUGGCGUCCUACACGCGGGCCCUGGAGCUGGGCGCGGGGCCCCCGGAGUGCGCGGUGCUGCACCGCAACCGGGCCGCCUGCCACCUGAAACUGGAAGAUUAUGCCAAGGCAGAAGCUGAUGCGUCUAAAGCCAUCGAAGCCGAUGGCCACGACGUCAAGGCGCUGUUCCGCCGCAGCCAGGCGCUGCAGAAGCUGGGCCGCCUGGACCAGGCGGUCUACGACCUGCGCAGAUGUAUGAGCCUGGAGCCCAAGAACAAGGCCUUCCAGGAGGCAUUGCACGACCUGGGGAGCAGCAUGCAGGAGAAGAUGAAGCUCAUGUCCUGCACGGACUCCAAAGUAGAGCAGAUGUUUCAGAUCUUACUGGACCCCAAAGAGACAGACACAGACAAAAAACAGAAGGCAGCGCAGAACCUGAUUGUGCUGGCCCGGGAAGAGGCUGGGGCGGAGAAGAUCUUCCAGAGCAACGGCGUCCGGCUGCUGCUGCUCUUGCUGGACACGGGCAGAGAGGACGCGACGCUGGCGGCUCUGCGCACUCUGGCUGGCCUGUGCUCUGGGCACCGUUCGCGGACCACGGCCAUCCUCGCGGAGCUGGGGGCACCACGCAUUUCGGCGAUGCUGGGAGCGGAGCAUGAGCAGGUGUCUCUGGCGGCCUGUAACCUGCUGCAGGUCAUGUUUGACGCACUGAAGGAGGGGCUGCAGAGGGACUUCCGUGGCAAGGAGGAAGCCCUUGUGCUGGAUCCCUCGAAGGAGCUGAAGCUGCUGAUUGCGCACCUCUUGGAAAUGCUGACCCGGGAGGGGGCCUCAGCCCACGGCCGCAACAACACCCUCAACCUCCUGAUCAAAGUGGUGCCGCGGAAAUCGCUGCGUGACCCCAACAACAGCCUGACCCUCUGGGUCAUCGACCAGGGCCUGAAGAAGAUCCUAGAAGUGGGGGGCACGGUGUGCGAGGCCCCUGGCAGCCUGCUUGCGACAGAGAACAGCCGGAUGAGCGCUGCUGUCCUGCUGAGCAAGCUCUACGGUGACCUGAAGUGCGACGCCGAGAGGGAGACCUUCCACCGGCUCUGCGAAGACUAUGUCAGGAGCUGGUUUGAGGGGCACGGGUUGGCUGGGAAGCUUCGUGCCAUCCAGACGGUGUCGUGCCUGCUGCAGGGCCCCUCGGAAGCUGGGAACCAGGUGCUGGAGCUGGAGGGGAUCAUGGAGAGUGUGCUGGCUCUGUGCGCCUCCGUGCGGGAGGCCGACCAGCUGGUGGCCGUGGAGGCUCUGAUCCAUGCCGCUGACAAGGCCAAGCGGGCGUCUUUCAUCACGGCCAACGGGGUGACCCUGCUCAAGAACAUCUAUAAGUGCAGCGGGAGGGACAGCAUCCGCAUCCGGGCCUUGGUGGGGCUCUGCAAGCUGGGCUCUGCCGGAGGCACCGAUUUCAGCAUGAAGCAGUUCGCUGAGGGCUCCACCCUGAAACUGGCCAAGCAGUGCCGCAAGUGGCUGUGUAACGAGGUGAUCGACGUGGGCACACGGCGCUGGGCGGUGGAGGGCCUGGCCUACCUCACCUUCGACGCGGACGUCAAGGAGGAGUUUGUGGAGGACAAGGCAGCUGUGCAGGCCAUGUUCCAGCUGGCCAAGUCAGAGGACAGGAGUGUGCUGUUCGCCGUGGCCUCGACGCUGGUGAACUGCACCAACAGCUACGACCACGAGGAACCAGACCCCCAGAUGCUGGAGCUGGCCAAGUAUGCCAAGCAGCACGUCCCAGAGCAGCACCCCAAGGAUGAGCCAGGCUGUGUGAGGCGGCGGGUGCACAAGCUGCUGGCUGCCGGGGUGGUGUCAGCUCUCACCUGCAUGGUGAAGAGUGAGAACCCGGCGCUGACCAACUCCUGCCGGGAGCUGAUCUCCAGGGUGUUCCUGGCCGUGGUGGAGGAAGCAGUGGACAGAGGCAGCGUGGUGGCCCAGGGAGGGGGAAAGACACUCAUCCCGCUGUCCCUGGAGGGUACCGAGGUGGGGCAGGCCAAGGCUGCACAGGCACUGGCGAAGAUCACCAUCACCUCCAACCCUGAGAUGGCGUUCCCUGGAGAGCGGAUCUAUGAGGUGGUCAGACCCCUGGUGAGUCUCCUGCACCUGCACCGCACAGGCCUGGAGAACUUCGAGGGGCUGAUGGCGUUAACCAAUCUGGCCGGGAUCAGCGAGAGGCUGAGGCAGAAGAUCCUGAAGGAGAAAGCGGUGCCCAUGAUCGAGGGCUACAUGUUUGAGGAGCACGAGCUGCUCCGUCUGGCUGCCACUGAGUGUAUGUGCAACAUGGCCAUGAGCACGGAGGUGCAGGAGCUCUUCCUGGCCGAGGGCAGCGACCGGCUGAAGCUGCUGGUUCUGUACAGCGGGGAGGACGACGAGAAGCUGCGGCGAGCAGCCUCCGGCACCUUGGCCAUGCUGACCUCACUGCUGCCCCCGAUCUGCAGGAAGAUCACCCAAGUGACGGAUCACUGGCUGGAGAUCCUGCAGGCCCUGUUGCUCAGCCCCAACGAGGAGCUGCAGCAUCGUGGCGCCGUGAUCGUGCUGAACAUGAUGGCAGGCCGGGAGAUUGCAGCCAAGCUCAUGGAGAGCGAGAUGCUGGAGAUCCUGUCCGUACUUGCCAAGGAGGAGCGCGACAAGCCCCGUGUGGCCCAAGCUGCCAAGGAGUGCCUGGCGCAGGCCGUGGCAUGUGGGCUGAUCAAACCCAACGUGAAUGGAGAGUGACAGGCUGUCCUGCCUGGGCUCUCCUUCCUCUGUGCACGCACUGCUCUGGGCUUGUAGCACACCCAGCUGCUGCUAGGGAAAGACACGCUGCCUUCGGAGGCUGGAGCCCCUGGGGUGCAGGUGGCCACGAUGGGGGCUGAAGCUGCCUGUUGUAUCUUGUCUUAACCGAAGAGGGUAUGCAGUUGAGGCAGGGCCUGCCUGUGUGUGCUAGACACAGGGGUGCUCUGCAAUGCUCUCGGGUACGUUUCUUCUCUGCACCCAUGAGCUGCUGCAGGGUCCCCUUGACACUCUCCUGUCUAGCCUGGAGCUGCCAGCCUCCGCUGAGAGCUCCGGGCAUCCAAGUCCUGCUGCACCCUGUGCUUGUCUCUGCCUGCCUGAGCAACGCCCCCGCGUGCUCCCAGUGCAGAUGGAUGCUGAGCUGGGGCCGUCUGCACUUGCUGCCCCCCAGGAGGGGUCUUUGCACCUGCACCUGUCUUCUUGUGCCUAACACGUCUGUCUGUCUCCUCCAAGCGCUCUGACCCCCACAGCUCUGCUCUGGGCUGGCGGGGAGGGGCAGAGAGGGCAUUCUUCAGGCACAGCGGCUCUGGGGUGAUGGGCUGGCUGCUGUUUAGCAGCUAUGUGGGAUCGGAGGGGCAGGACCCUUGGUUGGUGCUGUCCUGCUGUUCCCCUGAGGUGGUGAGUGGCUGAAUGCAGCAGCUGUUUGGACUGGUCUGAGCAGCUGGAUCAGCCCUCGCUCUCCUGCCUCUGUCUGGCUCCAGGGGGCUGCUGAAUGCGGGUGAAGGAGCCACCGCUGGCCCCGCUGCUGGGGUUGUAGCCUGUCUGUCUUCUCGUGAUUGUCCCUAUCGCUGUAGGAUGAACACCUCCCGGGCGUUGCAUUUACCUCUUCUGCUGGGGUGGUGGGGGGGUGAGGGAAAGCAGGCCUUGUAUGCACUGUAUUGUAUUUUCCUAAUAAAGCCACCCCCUCCAGC